AUGGAAAAUGCUAUAUUGUCCUUGGAGGGGAAUAAUCCUGAAGUUGAAGAAAAGUCAAGUUCUGCAAAUAAAAGUUCUGAAAGUGUGGAUGGAGGGAAGACAUGGAAGCGAACUCCGUUCUAUUGUUCUGAGGGAUUGGGACUGUCUGCAGGUGUUGAUUCUCUUUGUUCCGAGGAUGAGGUGCUGUAUCAAGACGAGCAGGAAUUGCAAGAUCAAACAUUGUUGGGCUAUGCAACUUUUGAUGAUCUCAAAUUUGAUGGCCUGUCUCCGUCUAUACAGAAUUGUCAGGAGGAGAUCACAAAGCUUGGUGCAAUCGUCCAAAAUGGGAAUCAAGACAGCGAACACAAGAAGGACAAACGAUCUGAGGAAUUGCAUUUAGCUUCUCUUGAGCUGCUAAGAAGAUUUGGUAAUGGGUUCAGACUCUUGAAGAGUGGAAGGAUAGUUGAGCCAACUUAUGAUGCACCACCGUACACAGCGGUGGAGAGCCGGGGAUUCUCAACAGAAGAAAUCAUGGGGAUUGCGCUGGAUGCCAAAAUGGUGGAGCUCUCUGAAUUCCUUUUGGCUUCUGCUGAGAAAGUAAGUUGUGAACAGUUUGACAGUGCGCGGAGACUACUCAAACAUUGCGUAGAAUGUUCUUCUGAUGUUGGAAAUCCAGUCGAAAGAGUAGUUUAUUAUUUCUCUGAAGCUCUUCGAGAGAGAAUUGAAAUAAAAUCGGGAAGAGUUACUUCAAACGGCUUGAAGAAGAAUCAAUCAGUUGAUAUCUAUGAUACAAUGAAGACUUCAAAGCAAUCAUUUGAUAUGGACACUGCAAUGAUGAGGCCGAACCCGACCAUUCUGGAAUGUCAAAGAGUAAUGCCCUUUUGUCAGAUUUCGCAUUUUGCAGGAAUACAAGCCUGGUAA